UCCAGUCUACGUUGCUAACAGCAAGGGGAGGCUCAGACUUCCCUAAUAUCCAUCAUCCCCUGCUCCCAACGUGGUCACAGAACAGGCAAAGCAACAAAGAAGGUCUCAGAGAUGGGAAAUUCUUACGCCGGGCAGCUGAAGACAACCAGGUUCGAAGAAGUACUGCAUAAUUCUAUUGAGGCCUCUCUCCGCUCAAACAGCUUAGUCCCCAGACCAAUCUUUUCUCAACUGUAUUUGGAAGCCGAGCAGCAACUUUCAUCACUAGAAGCAGGCAGCAGAGUGGAUAAUGAGGAGGAAGAGGAGGAAGAGGAAGAAGAAAGUUCAGAAUCAAGUAGCCCUCCUCUCUCUUAUCAGAUGAAGCCUCCUCCUGAAGGCUGCUGCACUACUGAUGGUUUCUGCCAGGCUGGUAAAGACUUGAGGCUGGUGUCCAUUUCCAAUGAUCAAAUUGAGGUGCCUUCGGGGUUUUUACUUGUUGGUGCUAAAUCGCCAAAUCUGCCUGAUCAUCUUUUAGUGUGUGCCGUAGAUAAAAGAUUCUUGCCAGAUGACAAUGGGCGUAAUGCCCUGUUAGGUUUCUCUGGCAAUUGUGUUGGCUGUGGCAAGAAGGGGUUCUGCUACUUUACUGAAUUUUCCAAUCACAUCAAUCUUAAACUGACCACUCAGCCCAAGAAACAGAAACACUUAAAGUAUUAUCUGGUCAGGAAUGCACAAGGAGCUCUUACCAAAGGAUCUGUAAUCUGCUGGAAAGGGGCAGAGUUCAGAGGCCGACAGGCUUCAUCCGGUCCUUGUUCAAGCACUUUGUUCCAACCGCCAGAGAGUUCGGGCCCCACGCUAACCACCGCAAGUGAGCUUGUUCCAACACCAAACCCAAAUGCUCCGGCUGGGACUCAACAAACAGGCACAAUAUCUGAUCAUCUCCCAUCAACAGCAGCAUUAGGUUCAACUGUUUACAAUGGCAAAGAUUCUCCCAAACAACAGCUGGUGAAAAAUAACCUGCCAGCUCUGACAAGACCAUCAGUCUUAGGCACUUUAACAAAUUCAGGGCCUCCUAAAAAGCGCCACAAAGGAUGGUCUCCAGAGUCGCCAUCAUCUACUGAAACUUGGAACUUGCAGCCCAACCUGCAGACUCCAAAUAGAAAUAAAAAUGAUGUGGGAGGCCUAUCGUGUUUGACACAUUCUACUCUGGUGGGACCAGUCUCUUCUCCAAUGGUGGGCUCUGGAGAACCAGUUUCUGUUCCUGAUAACUUGCUGAAAAUAUGUAAAGCAAAACCAGUUAUAUUUAAAGGUCAUGGGAACUUCCCUUAUCUUUGUGGGAACCUUAAUGACAUUAUAAUCAGCCCUCUUUUGUACACCUGCUACAGAAAUUCACAGUCCAUAUCUAGGGCUUAUGAACAAUAUGGUGCCUCUACAAUACAGCCUAUUUCAGAGGAAAUGCAGCUUUUACUAACCGUCUAUUACCUUGUUCAACUAGCUCCAGAUCAGGUCCCUUUGAUUGAGGAUUUGGAACAGAUAUUCAUGCGCUCGUGGCGGGAGUCGCACCUCUCUGAAAUCCGUCAGUAUCAACAGGCCAUUCCACAGGCUUUCCCUCCGGUUCCCAGCCAGAUUGCACCAAUGACGUCGGCCCAGCUUCCCUGGCUAGCUGGGCUGGCAGCCAGCUCUUGCAAUGACAGCGUCCAUAUCAUCGAGUGCAGUUACUCUCUGGCAGAGGGACUUUCAGAAAUGUUUAAGCUGCUCAUUGAAGGGAAGCUAGUGAAGACGAACUAUGUGGUGAUCAUAUGUGCUUGCAGAAACCGAGCAUUAGAUUCCUGCAUUGCGGUAACAGGGAAGUACCAGGCACGAGUACUGUCUGAGAGCAUGCUUACUCCAGCAGAGUAUCAGAAAGAAGUUAACUAUCAACUAGUUACUGGGAAAGUGGAAACAUUGGGCUCUUUUUUUAGCACCCUUUGUCCAGAUGGUGACAUUGAGAUUCUGCUGGACAAGUUUUAUCAAGAAAACCAAGGCCAGAGGUCUUCAUCUCUUUCUACUUCAGUGAAUAAGCCAACAGCAUUGGAUAUAACUGGAGCAGCUGUGUGCACAAGUUAUAAUGUUGAACGGCAUCAGAUUCGUCCAUUCCAGCUAGCGGUGGCUCAGAAAUUGCUGUCUCACGUUUGCUCAAUUGCUGACUCCAGCACUCAAAAUCUUGAUUUGGGUUCCUUUGAGAAAGUUGAUUUUCUGAUUUGUGUUCCUCCAUCUGAAGUCACCUAUCAGCAGACACUGUUUCACCUCUGGCAUUCAGGUGUUUUAUUAGAACUUGGCUUAGAAAAGGAGCAGCUUACAAAGCAGAGGAUGGAACAGUAUGUUGUGAAGCUGGAUGCCGAGGCCCAGACUAAAUUUAAAGUCUUUUUGCAAAACUCUAUGCAGAAUCCACAUACACUGUUUGUACUAAUCCAUGAUCAUGCACACUGGGAUCUUGUGAGCGCUGUUCACAGCCUUUAUCCUCAGGCGGAACCAUCUGUGGGACUCGUUGAUAGAUUGUUGAACUGCAGAGAGGUGAAAGAAGCUCCAAACAUUUUGACACUCCAUGUGACUUCCUUCCCCUAUGCUCUGCAGACACAGCAUACUCACAUCAGCCCGUACAAUGAAAUCCACUGGCCUUCGUCAUAUAGCAAUGGAAUAGAUCUAUACCAUGAAAACAAGAAAUAUUUUGGGUUGUCAGAAUUCAUUGAAUCCACCCUUUCUGGACACAGCCUUCCGUUGCUUCGAUAUGACAGCUCCUUUGAAGCUAUGGUCAUGGCUUUAGGAAAAAGAUUUCCCAGGUUACACAGUGCAGUGAUAAGGACAUUUGUCCUUGUACAGCAUUACUCUGCAGCUAUGAUGGCAGUAAGUGGUCUGUCUCAGAUGAAGAAUUACACCUCAGUUGAAACUCUGGAAAUCACCCAAAACCUUAUAAACUCUUCAAGGCAAUGCCCCAGUGGUCAUGGCUUCAUGGUGGUGUUAAGAAUUCCUUGCAUUCCAUUGGCUGCUGUGGCGUAUGAACGACUUUAUCACGUAAGGGAAAGACUAUCCCUCACAGAUAAUUUUGAAAUCAUCUUGGGAAAUCCUAAUUCUGGAAUCACCAUAGGGAAGCACUUUGUGGAGCAACUAAAGAUAUGGCAGAAAAUUGAAGAUGUGGAGUGGAGGCCACAGACCUAUUUGGAAUUAGAAGGUCUGCCUUGCAUAUUAAUAUUUAGUGGAAUGGACCCUCAAGGGGAAGCCUUGCCAAGAUCACUGAGAUAUUGUGACCUACGUUUAAUAAAUUCCUCUUGCUUAGUAAGGACAGCCUUGGAGCAAGAGCUUGGCUUGGCAGCAUACUUUGUUAGCUCUGAAAUCCACAUGGAGAAGGUGGUCGUGAAUGAUGUGUUGGAGAGUGAUCCAGAGAAACUGAGCAGUACUGAUAAUGAAGAUGAAGAAAUAGUGACAGAAGGCUCCACUUCAGAAAAGAGAAGUCCUGUCAAAAGAGAGAGAUCACACUCCCAUGACUCUGCAUCUUCAUCUCUCUCUUCAAAAGCUUCAAGUGCAGCAUUCUGCAUGGAAUCAUCUCCUCCUUUAGCAACACCAGGAGACAUAGCAAAGUCACCCCACCUAGUCCUAAGCAGCAGUACUGAAGAGAACACACAGAACUGUGAAAGGCAAAGGCAGAAGGUAGAAAAGGGGGCGCAAACGGUGAUCAGCAAGCACUUGCCAGUUGCAGCUGAACAGCUGGAUUCAAAACAGAACAUAAAAAGUGCCCAAAUUUCCAUCAACUCAUCAUCAUCACCUUUCUCCUCUUCUUCCUCUUCCUCUGCACCUACUCACAACUCCUUCAUCAUGCAGACAUCUCAGUGCUCCAUGACUAAAGCAUCAAAACAGCCCCCCAUUGUUUUCCUGCCUAAGCUGGUGUAUGACAUUAUUACCUCUACUGACAGCAGCGGACUUCCCAAGUCCUCUUCCCUCUUGCCUUAUCAUUCUGUGAUGUGGGCGAGUUCUUUCCGCCCUGUCAUGAGUAAAAUGAUGACCUGCACGGAACAGUCUCUAUAUUAUCGCCAGUGGACAGUUCCCAAGCCAAUCCAUAUGGACUACAAUAAUAGAAAUGAGGGCAGAAUGGACACCUUUCACCCAAGGAGGCUGCUGCUGAGUGGGCCACCUCAGAUAGGAAAAACGGGAGCCUAUCUUCAGUUCCUCAGUAUCUUGUCCAGAAUGCUGAUUAGACUGACGGAAGUGGAUGUUUAUGAUGAGGAAGAAAUCAAUAUUAAACUCCAAGAAGAAUCAGAUCAAUGUUAUCACCAGCCAGGAGACAUGUGGCCUGAUUUGGAGACAUUUAAGAAGAUACCUUUUGACUACACUAUUCAUGAUCCGAAAUAUGAAGAUGCAAGUCUGAUUUGUACAAGGCUUCAGAAUAUGAACAGUGACGACAGAUCAAGGGGCAGAAAACAGGAGGACAUGUAUAUGCGCCGUCAGACAACUCGAAUGAGAUUAUCUAAGUACGCAGCAUAUAAUACAUACCAUCACUGUGAACAGUGCCAUCAAUAUAUGGGCUUCAAUCCCAGGUAUCAGCUUUAUGAGUCCACCCUGCAUGCUUUUGCCUUUUCCUAUUCCAUGCUUGGAGAGGAGAUCCAGCUGCAUUUUAUCAUCCCCAAGUCAAAGGAGCACCAUUUUGUCUUUAGUCAACCAGGAAGACAGCUGGAAAGCAUGAGGUUACCGCUUGUCACAGAUAAGAGUCAGGAUUACAUAAAAAGCCCCACUUUUACUCCCACAACUGGGCGUCAUGAACAUGGACUUUUCAACCUGUAUCAUGCAAUGGAUGGUGCCAGCCAUUUGCAUGUUCUAGUUGUCAAGGAGUAUGAAAUGGCCGUAUAUAAAAAAUACUGGCCGAACCACAUCAUGCUAGUGCUGCCGAGUAUUUUCAACAGUGCUGGAGUAGGUGCUGCGCACUUUCUAAUAAAAGAACUGUCUUAUCAUAAUCUGGAACUAGAACGAAAUCGGCAAGAAGAACUGGGGAUUAAACCCCAGGAUAUCUGGCCUUUCAUUGUCAUUUCGGAUGAUUCCUGUGUUAUGUGGAAUGCAGUAGAAAUCGAUUGUUCAGGAGACAGAAAGAGUGAAUAUACAUGGACUGAAAGGAACGUUUCCUUGAAGCAAAUUCUGCAACACAUUGAAGCAACCCCUAAUGUCACUCACUACGCCUUGAUUGGUAUGAGGAAAUGGUCUAGUAAAACAAAUAGUGGUGAGAUCAGGGAACCAUUCUCCUGUUGCCAUGUACAUGACUUCGUCAUGCUGAAUGUGGAUCUGACUCAGAAUGUCCAAUAUAACCAGAACAGAUUUAUGUGCGAUGAUGUUGAUUUCAACCUGCGUGCCCACAGUGCCGGUCUUCUGAUCUGUCGGUUCAAUCGCUUCAGUAUCAUGAAGAAGCAAAUUGCAGUAGGAGGACAUAGGUCCUUCCAUAUUAAGUCUAAGGUAUCUGAAACUCCAGUUUCAACCGCACCUGCUCAGUACAUCUGUGCUCCUGACAGCAAGCACACCUUCCUGGCAGCACCUGCUCAACUGCUGCUUGAAAAAUAUCUCCAGUACCACAGCCAUCGCUUCUUUCCUCUUUCACUGAAGAAUUAUAGCCAUCCAGUGCUAUCUGUGGAUUGUUACCUUAACUUAGGACCGCAGAUUGCAGUUUGCUACGUGAGUUCCCGACCUCACUCUCUGAACAUCAGUUGCUCUGGUUUGAUGUUUAGUGGACUCCUGCUUUACCUCUGUGACUCCUUCGUUGUAGCUAGCUUUUUGAAAAAGUUUCAUUUCCUGAAAGGUGCCACCUUGUGUGUUAUUUGCCAAGACCGCAAUUCUCUUCGCCAGACUGUUGUCCGGCUAGAACUAGAAGACGAAUGGCAGUUCCGACUGAGGGACGAAUUCCAAACUGCCAACGCCAAAGAGGACAGACCACUUUUCUUUCUGACUGGACGACAUAUCUGAUAGAAAAUGAGCAGGCUUCCUGAACUGUCUAAUGAGAAGAGGUAGUACAAGAGGCUGAGUUCUCAGUGCUCCC